UUCGCGCUAAAGGAGGCACUGGUAGACUGUGUGGUAGUUCAGAGGCGGAGGCAGCGGAGAUGUCUACCGCUGCAAAAACCGUAUCAUGCUACGAAAACGUAGAUGAAGAGACUUUCAGCUCGCUUAUAUUUCCUAAGAUCUGCGCCACUUAUCGAGCAGCUACAAGAGAUGAACUUUUACGAGAAUGAGGGAGCCAGCAGUGUUACGAGGAGUGCCUGUGGGUCCUUGCACGUCGCUGUGGGACAAGGAGUAUUUGUGCAUGCACGGGGGCAACCGGGAUGUCAAGGUGCACGUAUCGCCACACAGGCACAUGGACUUCGUCCAAAAGAACUUCAUCUACAGAACAUUGCCAUUUUGUCAACUUGUGGAGCGAGCGUCCAAGUCAAGAAAUACCAACUUCUUCAUAAACGAGAGUUCUACUACUUCAGGACUCUUGGGAGUGACUCCAGAAGAGAGCCAGCCAACAUUGUUGCACAAUUUCCAGAGCUUGCCAAAGAUGUCACAUUGCCAAAGUGGUUUCCCGAUGAAUCCUUUUUCUCCAGUGUUCUUCGAAUUGCAUCACCUCAGCUCUCCUUGUGGACUCAUUACGACGUGAUGGACAAUUUCCUCAUUCAAGUUAAAGGCAAAAAGAAAGCUGUAUUGUUCCAUCCAAAUGACUUUGAGUACCUUUACAUACAGGGUGACAAAUCCCUUGUUCUGGAUCUGGAGUGUCCAGACUUAGCAAAAUUUCCCAAGUUUCGAAAAGCUACUCGUUACGAAGCUACACUUACUUCUGGUGACAUAUUAUUCAUACCAGCAUUGUGGUUUCAUAACAUAACUGCUCUGGAUUUCGGAAUUGCUGUCAAUGUGUUCUGGAAGAACCUGGAUGCAAGUUUGUAUGACAAGAAGGAUCCCUAUGGGAACAAGGACCUGAUUCCUGCUUCCAGUGCUCUCACUUUGGUGGAAAAAGCAGUGAAACAGCUGCAGCUACUUCCACUUGAUUGCCAGCAGUUCUACGCACUGAAAAUGAUUUCACAUAUUAAAAAUCACUUUGGUCUAUCUUGACAGUUUGAGGGUAGUACACCUUCCAUGUCUGUCUUCUCUUAAAUAGACCAUGUAAUGCUCAUGAGAAAGCUAAUUAAGCACCUUGUGCACUUACUCUACCUGUUACAAAAGUCACUCUGUGACUGCUGGACCAAAAAUGUUGCUUCUAAUGCAUUACCUGGCAAUCUCUACAUACACAAGUUUGAACACCACCUGUCAAGAAAGCAACAACGAUUAAAGUAACAUUUCUUUGUA